AUGAAUACGAGACCGGUCAUUGACGAGUCCUCUGGACCUACUUCGCUCUCCGCCUCCUUCAAUAACGAUUGCAGUUGCUUUGCUGUUGGGUUGGAAGAUGGCUUCUGUGUGUUCAAUUCAGAUCCAUGCGAGCUCAAAGCCUCACGAGAUCUCAACUCGGGAAUCGGCAGUGCUGAGAUGCUUGGUCGCUACAACUACUUGGCCCUAGUUGGCGGUGGACGGAAUCCUCGAUGGCCUCAAACUAAGGUCAUCAUCUGGGACGAUGCCAAACAGCGAGCGGCCAUCACACUCGAGCUCAAGACAGCUGUCCUACGCGUGCGCCUCACAAAGUCGAGGAUUGUAGUCGCUUUGCAAAACAGCAUACACCUAUAUAAUUUCUCCUCGCCACCAGAAAAGACUUCCAUAUUCGAGACGGCCGAUAAUGCAUUUGGGCUGGUAUGCUUGGGCGCAAGAACCGUGGCUUUUCCAGGACGCUCGCCAGGCAAGGUCCAACUUGUGGAACUUGUGUCCGGAAAUGUCUCCAUCAUUCCAGCACAUACGUCGGCCUUGCGAGCAAUGGAUCUCAGUCGUGACGGGCGUUACCUUGCUACCGCUUCCGAGACAGGUACUCUGAUCCGGGUGUUCAAUACAGCGAAUUGCACCAAGAUCGCCGAGCUCCGGAGAGGCGUCGACCCAGCUUUCAUCUUCAGCAUCGCUAUCUCUCCUGACUCGAGUGUGCUAGCGGUGACCUCUGAUAAAUCUACUCUGCAUGUCUUCGAUCUGCCGGCAAUCCCUGGAUCCGCAGACACAGCGAUGCGCAGACGCUCACAGUCACCGCAUGUACCCUCAGAAGCAGAUGAAGGCCACAACGCGUCCCAGAAAUGGGGCUUCCUCAGCAAGAUUCCACUCCUGCCCCGUGUCUUUUCCGACACGUACAGUUUCGCUUCUGCACAUUUUGAGAUCGGUGACGAGACGGGCCCGAAUUCACCUUCGACUCUGACAUACCUUCCCGCACUAGGAUCAUUACCUUCCCGAGCACAGAAAGGGCUUCUAGGUUGGAUCAACGACGACACUUUACUCUGCAUUGGCACUGGCCGCGAUGGACGGUGGGAGCGUUUCAAAGUCGGUGAGCGGCCCGCCCAAGCAUCCAUCGAGGACGGCCACGAACGCCGGAGUGUGUGGCGAGAUGGCUGGAAGCGAUAUCUGGGGAAUUAG